AUGGCGAAAAAUGCGAAUUUUAGGGCAAUUCCCAGGAUUGGGAUCAUGAACGCAGUCAGGUUUGCGUGGAAGGAGAAGGACAUGGAGCCUUUUGGAAGUGAAACAUUUGGGAGGACUUUGUUGAUGGGAGUGUUAAAGCUGGCGGUAAAGGACAUGAUGUGCCUCCAGGAGAACCCCUUGGAAGGGGCUUAUGAUGUGGUUUUUCACACGGAGGGGAAGCAUGACGAGGUCAUGAAAAAGGCGAGGAAGGUGGAGAAGGCCAGGCCGAUGUGCCACUACGAGGUGACAAGCUUGGCCAAGAACAACUUCAGGGUAAUAACAGUAAACAUGUAUAACCCGCAUGUUAAGGAUGAGGAGGUGAGGGCUUUUAUGGUGAGGUAUAUGGACAAUGUCUCCUCGGCAAGGCUCCUCAAAGACUCGCUAGGUUUCUGGAACGGGAGGAGAAGCUUCCAGGCUCUGUUGAGGGAAGAUCCAAAGGGCCUGGGAGGUUACCUUCAUCCUCCAGCUCUGUUCUCCCUGGGGGCUGACAGGGGGACAUUGUUUAAUGCCCGUCAGCCCCCUUUCUGCAGACGAUGCAUGGCCUACGGCCAUUAUUUCGCCUUAUGUGGGGCGAAGAAAUGCAGGGUGUGUGGGUCUGAGGCACACGAGGCGAGGGACUGUGACGAGUCGAAGAAGUGCCACGGGUGUAGAUCGUCAGCACACCUGUGGAGGGAGUGUACGGCUCGUCACAAGUUGUAUGCAGCUGCAGCUGGUGGGGGAGCAGGGGCAGGAGCGGGGGAUUGAGGAGGAAGAGGAGGAGGAGUUCCAGACCCAAGCGCAGGGCCAGAGGCAAUACCAUUGACAACGGAGGAGGAGCCGAGAACAGCAGUGGGAGGAGAGGGGGACGGGCAGGGGACUGCCGUAGCAGUUCUGGAAGGAGAGGUGGUGCCGGAGACGGAGGGGAGUGUGGGAAAGGAGGUGCCGGAGACGGAGGCGGCGGAGGGAGAGGAGGUCGGGGAGGAGAGUAG